AUGCCUAGUGAAGGUUCAAGAAAGGAUCCGGCAUGGAAUUACUCACAUUUGGAGAAUCCGAAAGAUACAAAUGCCGUCACUUGUAACUUCUGUGCAAAAGUUACAAAAGGAGGUAUUUAUCGGGCUAAGCAACACUUAGCUGGAGGAUAUAGAAAUGUGAGUGCAUGCACAAGAUGCCCAUCUAGUGUUAGAGAAGAAAUCAAAGAGUACAUGAGUAAGAAAAAGGAAGAAAAAGAACAAAUGAAUUUGUUACCUAGUGAUGAGAUUAAUUUCAUUGAUGGAGAGGAUGAGGAUGAUGUCAUGGAAGUUAGCAAUCGGGGAAAAAGGGUAGCUAGUGCAGGCAGUGCUAGUGUCAAUUCCUCAAAGAUGCAAAAGCAAAAGGGACCGAUUGAUUUAUAUUUCACUCCCAGACCGGAAAUUGUGGUACAAAAAAGAAAGGAGGGGGGAAAACAAACAGCCAUUGAUGAUGCAUGCAAGAAAGAGUUGAGAGGAAGAGCGUGUGCUGCUUUUGCAAGGUGGAUGUAUGAUGCAGGAAUUGCAUUCAAUGCUGUUAAGUAUGAUAGCUUUGCCGAGGUUGUUGAAGCAAUUGGACAAUAUGGUCCUGGCAUGAAACCACCUAGUUAUCAUGAGGUGAGAGUUCCUUUGCUUAGGAAGGAAUUGGAUAUUACCAAUGCUUUGAUGAAUGACCAUAGGGAGGAGUGGUCAAAAUUUGGAUGCUCAUUAAUGGCAAAUGGGUGGACAGACAAGAGAGGGAGAACAUUGCUUAAUUUCCUAGUAAAUAGUCCAAGGGGAACCAUGUUUAUUGAGUCGAUAGAUACAUCUUCUUUUUCAAAGGAUGGUGACAAGAUGUUUGACUUACUUAAUAAAUUUGUGAACCGCAUUGGAGUAGCAAAUGUCGUCCAAGUCGUCACAGAUAGUGAGUCAAGCAAUAAGUAUGCCGGGAGGAUGUUAGAGAAAGAACACCCACAUUUGUAUUGGACCCCAUGUGCUGCUCAUUGCUUAGACUUGAUGUUGGAAGACAUUGGGAAAAUACCGUCCAUCUCUAGAACAAUGCAGAGGGCAGUGGAGUUGAAUAGUUAUAUUUAUAUGCAACCAAAGUUGUUGAACAUUAUGAGGAACUUUACUCACAAAAAGGAGUUGCUUAGGCCUGCUAAGACUCGAUUUGCUACAUGUUUCAUCACAUUAUCAAGUAUUCACAAGCAAAAGAAUAACUUGAGAAAGAUGUUUACUUCAGAAGAAUGGAAUCGUAGUAAAUGGGCGAAAGAGGAAGCCGGUAAAAGAGUUGCUUCUUAUGUUUUGAUGCCUUCCUUUUGGAACAACAUUGUCUUUAGCCUUAAGGUUUCCGGUCCUCUUAUUCCGGUUUUGAGAUUAGUUGAUGGCGAGAGAAUGCCUCCCAUGGGAUACAUUUAUGCGGCUAUGGAUAGGGCUAAAGAAGCCAUUGCAAAAUCAUUUGGGGGAGUAGAAGAUAAAUACUUAGAUAUUUUUGAAAUAAUUGAUAAGAGGUGGAAUGUUCAACUUCAUCGCCCUUUGCAUGCAGCAGGUUAUUAUUUGAACCCAGAAUACUUUUAUUCAAAUUCGAAAAUUGAAGAAGAUGAAGAGAUUGCAAAGGGUUUGUAUGCAUGCAUUGCAAGCUGA